AUGUCCUCGGCUACAGCCUGGCACAACUUCUUGCUGCAACGUGUUUGUCCUCGACCACUGACCAGCUCCUCGCUGCCAGCUUUUUGCCAUUCCCUCAUCGAUACGUCCGAUAUGGAUCCAGAGGUCAUCGUCACCCACACUCCCACUUCAUCUGUGUCUAGCACGGAGCCGCAAUUCCGUGCGAGUACCCCGCCUUCACCACCCAGUCGAGCUGGCUCCUCCACUCUCCCUGUCCCAUUCUCCCAAACCGACCCGUAUUAUCGCCUUUACAAGGCAGACUUGCUCUUGUAUCGUCCUAAGGUCGUUCGCCUUCGGGCACAAUCAGAGCCCGACGUGCGCGAGGCCCUCGAAGCGCGCGAAGCGCAUGAAGUACGUGAGACCUUCCGUCUCCUGGAGGCCGACCAUCGGCCAGAAGUGAAGAAGGUGCUCCGAGAUGUGGUCAGACUUCUCGGGAAGGUUUUUCAGCGAAAUGCGAUGGUGGAUGAUUUUUUGGCGUGUCUGGCGCGCUGGCGCUACAGGCUGUGUGCGUGCUACCCUUAA